UAAGUUGAAACUUACACUAUCAUAGAGUGCACAGAAAGUAGUUUGUUUUAUUGUAUGUUACCUUGACAUUUUUCGUAAAUAACAACGUGCGACUACUUUGUAACACUCGGUCUCAUUUAUCUGAUUUGUUUGCAUAUUACGCUAGAUAGAUAAUCUUGCCAGGAUACAUUAUCUGCUUUUUCCCUCUUUAGGCCUUCCAAUUCUGGCCGUAAUAUGUCCUUCUUUAGUUCCUGACCGAAUGCUUGUCAUUCACACUACUCGGCAUCUGCUAAAAUUAUUAAUAAUGCAACUAAUUUGAAUCACUCAAAGUGCCUUUGUAUCCGUUGUGUGGGAUGUAUAAACAUGUCUCCGUGUUUUACGUUUGUUAGGCGUAAACAAAAUAAUAACAAAGAAAUAUUUCUUGCCAUCCUGGGAUUGGAUAAUUCUGGAAAGACAACAAUAUCUCUCAGCAUAAAGGGUGUCUCCAGUGACUUAGUUGCUCCAACUAUCGGCUUUGAUCGUAUUGAAUUUGCUAUCGACAGCUUUAAUAUCAACCUUUAUGAUUUGGGUGGUGGUCGUACAAUACGUGAUAUUUGGGAAACAUAUUUUGCUGAAGUCUAUGGUGUUAUAUUCGUGGUUGAUUCAAGUACGCCAGAGAGAUUAGAAGAAUGUCACGAAGCAUUAGUCAAUGUUCUUUCCCAUCCUUGUAUAUCCGGUAAACCAAUUCUUUUACUAGCAAACAAGCGAGAUAUUAAAGGUGCGUUAGAUGAGUCGGAGCUGAUAGCAGCACUCCAGCUGGAUGAUCUUGUCAAUGAAUAUAAAUGCCCUUGUCGCUUGGAGCAUUGUUGUGCUUUAUUACUACCUAAUCAAAAGUUGGAUAAAGCGAUUCGUGAAGGUUUGAAAUGGCUUCUUGCUUAUAUUCAGUCAGAUUUGAUAAAUAUUCAAUCACGGGUUGGUGCUGAUGUAGAUAGACAAAUAAGACAACAAACAGAAGAACGUGCAGCUAGAAAAGAAAGAGUUCGAUUAGCUAGAGAGGAGAGAGAACGUUUGAGAAAACUGUCUAAUCAACACAUCAACAAUACGUUCACAGCAGGUAGUCUAGACGAUUUAGGUGAAAAUUCAAAUGAAUUAAUCAACCAACAAUUAACAUUAAAAACCGAAAAUACAUGUACGGUGUCCAACAUUUUUGAAAAUAACUUGUGUAGUGACAGUCCUAAAUAUAAAGAACCUACUAAUUUACCAGAACUUAACCAAUAUAAUGAUAUUCAAUUUGUUCAGAUCAAUCCAUUAGUAUCUGAUAAGAAAAAUAAUUCUUUGGCAUGUUCACAACUGAAUUCACGUGACCUAUUACAUCAAAUAAAGUUAGCCUGUAGUAUUGAUCUGGAAUUCCAAAAUAAAAAAUUGAGUUUGGAUAGCUACCGUGGUUUUGAUAAAGAGGGCUUAUUCAUUGAAUUAGAAAGACAGCUGCAUAUUAGUGUUGAUGAUUCAAAAGAAAAUGAUAAUACCCGUACUAUAACUGAAAAACAUGAUGAAGUAUCAAAACAGUUUUCAUUAUCUCCUUCGGUCUCAAAUGGUCAUAAGAAAGAUGUGGAAUUACAACCUGAAUUCAUGGAAAUGAAUAUGUCGAAAAGCAAACUCCAAUGUGAUAAAGAUUAUUCGAUUCCUCAAACAGCGAAUGGUAGUGCCCGUUUUGUUAAUAGAACACCAACUGUGGUCCAUUCGUUAUAUGAGAAAAAUAGUUCUUCGGUUGAAAUAUCUGUUCACCAAUCGUUUAAUGUUAAAAAAAAUCCGUUUGAGAAGGUUGAACACAGAGACAACAAUUCCAGUCUAUCGGGAACUGUGGCAAUAUCAAAAUUAACUAAAGGACCUUCACCACUGGCACGCAUGUUUGUGUCGAAUUUCAAUAAACUACAUCCAAUCACAUAUCAGAAACCAGAAGGCUCAAUGUCAUCUAUAUCGCAAUCAUUUACAUCAGAAGAGAAAAAUAAUUCGGAUAAAUUCUAUGCAACCUCUGUUUCUAAUUCUAAUUUAAAAUCGUCAGACUGAACGUACAAACGUAUAUGUAUCUGUUUUUAUUAAUUAGUACACAAACGCCGCUUACGUCAAUUAUCAUUAUUCAACUGUUUAUAAAAUACUUUUUCUGCUUGACGCGUUUUAUUAUCAAUAGAGAAGCGUGUUCAUUGUUUGAAAUUCACAUUUUAAUAAA